AUACUUUACUGCCCUACAGGCGCUCGAGGACAGAAGUAAAGGGAAACCGAAUACCCGUGAAUUCACCUGAAGGUUUGACAAAGGAUUACAAGGCAGUAUGGACGAAGAGGAGCAGUUUGUCAACAUCGACCUAAACGACGACAACAUCUGCAGUGUCUGCAAGCUGGAGACCGACACGGGGACCAUGUCCUUCUGCCAUGUCUGCUUUGAGCUCAGUAUCGAAGGUGUGUCCCAUGCCACCCUCCUGCAUUCCAAAUCCCUACGGGGCCACCGGGAGUGUUUUGAGAAGUACCACCUCAUCGCCAACCAGAAGCUGUCCCGCUCCAAGGUCUCCCGCAGUGCCUACGAGGGAAUGAAGCUGGCCCUGAGCCAGAAGAUCAGCCGCAUUGUUCAGUACGCCCAGAACAAAGACUCUGUCGGCUCAGAGGGAGGUCCGGGCUGCCGGGGGAGCAAGCACCAGCUCCUCUGCUACAGCCAGAAUGGAGACCGUAAACCACUUCCCCAGUCAGACGCGCAGGUGCCUCGCUACACCCCAUGCUGGAACCAGGGGACGGGGGCAGGAGGGCUGCCGGACUACGCCACGAGCAUGCUGGAGUGCCACUCGGCCGAUGGGCUGGGACUACUGGAGGACGGGCAGGGCCUGUGGGGGGCCACAGGGAGGAGGGUCCUUCAUUGCCACAGCCGGUGUUCUGGAGGAGACCACCAGAUGCUGCACUCAAACAAUGGCCACAGCAGACACGAGUUGAUUAAAAUGAGUGUGGAUGAACUCCACCAGGUGAACAGCCAGCUCCUGCUACAGAUUCAAAAGGUGUUUGAGGAGCUGACGGGGGCUGUACAGGAGAAAGACUCGCUGGCGUCGGAGCUGCACGUUCGUCACAUCGCCAUCGAGCAGCUCUUCAAGAACUGUGCCAAGCUGCCCUGGCUGCAGAUCAGCCGAGCCGGGUCCGGGGUCAAGGCCAGCAGCAAUGCCCCCGUGGAGUGAGGGGAGUCUGGGGGUACCUACCUGGCUUGGCUGCCUCUCUCAGGGGGCUGGCUGUCUCUCUCUCAGGGGGCUGGCUGUCUCACUCCCAGGGCUACAGACAGACAGGCUGGCCACUGUAGCCAGUGCCCUUUGUAUUGUGAAAGACUUGCUGCGAGGUGUGGUUUGUCCCAGAGGAAUGGACAUGGCCUCCUCUCAUCAUGCUUAAGGCUUUCUGACUGCAGUACUUGAAUAAGGGGCUUGAGGAAAGGCAAUAAAAUUGAAGGACCUUGGGAUCCAUCGACUUCCAAAUGGGAACUGUGGGUUGUUGAUCCUCGCUGUUGGUGGACCUGUUGCCUAUGCAGAUAUAAAGUAUUUUUUAAAGAAUGUCUAUUCAAAUGUAUUUGAUUCAGUGACAUGAGAAAGAUCUUGUUUGCAUAUAUCUAGCUAAAGUUGUUUUCUUUUCACCAACAUUUAAUUUUUUGGUUUUCCUCAUAUCUUUUACAUUUUAGCUUUCUUUUGUUAUUUUAAUCACACCAUUUCCUCGCUCCUCUUCAGCAAAUAUUUGGUUGACUUAUUCUGUUGUUGCUUUGGUAACUGUUACGAAAGGAGGAGUGAGAUUUUAUUUUGUAAUCCGUGCAGUGAAACCUACUCUUGAGGUUUGAAGAAAUUCUGUUACAUCACCCACAAUCUAGUUCUAAGUGGAGGUGGGAUUUUAAGUCCAGCGGUUUACAGUUUGUUGCUUUUAUUAUUUAGCCAGUUAUGGAUUGGGGUUGAAUUUUGAUGUUUGUUUUGUUAGUGGCAUGCUGCAAAUGCUAUUCUCUGAUAGUCUUAACUUAAGUUCUCUUGAUUUCAACUGGUAAGGUAUUUUAUGGCUGUCGAGCACAAGUCAUGCCUGUAGUUGAACAAGGGAGUGACAUGAAAUGCAUGCUGAUAGCAGAGAAGGCUCAACUCUGUAAGCGUAAUAUGGUCCAAUCGCCAAACCAAAGUAUUUUAUUUGCUUCAGGGCAGUAAAUGUCAGUAUUUAUUAUUUUACUUGUGGCCUACAAGUAUAGGCCACGCUAGACCAACUAGAAUUGAUAGUGAAAUGCAAUAGAAUUCACUGAUACCAAAUUCACUUGAAAUGUGGCUCAAUUAUAAACUUCUAUAACAGGUUUAGCUGUAAUGUCCUAUGUUAUGAACCGUUCAACACUUCUCCCCUGGUUUCAGACAGACGUCAAGUUGAUGUUAUGUUGUGUGACUGAAUUUAUGUAGGCAAUUAUUUUAAUAUUGUUUUACUCUUUUGUGGUUGCGUGUUUCAAAUGUAUUUUGGUUUUUACAUGUUAUUUUAUUCUUUAUUUUAACAAAUUAUUUUCUGGGGGUAGGCCUAUGCUGUGUGGAGUUCAAAUUAUGGAUAUGUGAACUCACUAGACUGCCGAAUCAUGUUUUAUCUUAACAGGAUGUGUCCAAUAGUUUCCCUUGCCUCCUGCUUUAAAGGCACUGAUCGGAAGGAACCAAUAUAGCGGAAAAGAAAAGAAACCAAUAUAGCGGAAAGAAAACCCAAAUAAUGAUUAGUUUCACCCAUCCAGCCUGGUCAGAUCAGUGAUUUUGGAAGAAAAAAAAUG